UUCGUUGCUUUUGUCUCUGCGCAUCACAUGGAAAAAAUAAAGGUGCAGCGGCGAGUAUAAUUGCUAGAGGCAGGAACUCGCUCAUAAUGGAUGCGUGUAUUUAUAUAUUCAUUUAAAAUUACCACGAUUCCCUCUCGUGUUUGUUAUUAAGCGGAAAGAAACAGUACAGAGUGUGCGAAAGAGAGAGGGGAGUGUGUUAGACACGGAUAGAGAGGAGGGGAGUGAAAAGGAUGCAAUGAGUCGGAGAAGGAGCGCAGAUUCUCGCAUUUCCACGGGAAGAGAGUUGGGAGCCGCAAGAGUGACCGGUCUGAAAGGCGCAGCGCAGUCGAUCGUUUAAGGGGAAACGCGAGGAUCCGAUUCGGCAAGGAUACUGAGGAGACAUAUCACAGCCACCGGUGAACUGCCCUGAUGCCAUCUGAAAUUAAAAGGCUUGAAUAUUUGAACUAUUACAAACCCAAUGCUGCCAAGAAGAACCACCGGGGAGCGGACGGCAGCACCAACGUGUUGAACUACUCGACAAAGAUAAUGCUAAGCGGACACCUGUAAUAUAUAUAUAUAUAUAUUUUUGGUCCAUAUUCCCAUUGAAUACAAAAGCAUCGCAAAGCUUGACAGACGAUACAGUCCACAAGGAAAAGUGAACUGAACAGCAGCCAAAGCCAAAUAAUGCACACCCGUUAUUAAACACCCAAGGAUGGAAUGAUAACAUGGAAUAGAGGAAUAUUCUGAAAUACCAAAAGAGAAAAAAAUAACCAAUAAAAAGACAAAGGAGAAUGGAUUUAGAGGAAAGAAAAAACAACUGAAACUGCUUGCUUUUUCUAAAAAAAAAAAAAAAAAAAUUCAAUGGGGAUGUGGAAGUACGGAGAGACCUGAAUCCAGGUAAAGCCAGCAAAUGGAACAUUUCGUACUUUGGGGUGAGAUGAGGCUGCCUCCGAUCCAGCCGUGAGUCGAACUAUAAACGACACACGAUUUGAUUUAACUCGACUUUUAAACAAACCCCUGCCCUAAAAAAAAAAAAAAAAACCACCUGAAGAAUACACCAGAUUUCCAGUAUAGCGAAGAUGUGGUUUUGUAAACCCCCCGAGACACUCGUCUUUUCGGUCGAGAUGGACUUCCUUACACCGGCAAGUGUCACGGACUCGCGGAGCUGAUUUCUGCUGUUAAUACGUUUCGCUUUUUUUUUUUUUGGUGUUUCCACGCUCAACCUCGGCACAUUGUUGUAUUUGUACAUUUUUUUUAUACUCCGGCUAAAUACCUGUUUAAGAAAUGGUUUAAAGGAUAUUCACGGGUCUGAUCGAUCGUAGCCUGGAGGAGCAAAUAAAAAUCAUCUGCUCGCUGUGAACCUGGACGCGCCUUUUUGAUGCGAAGGCUCCCCACACUGAUGGUGCCAUGAUGACAGAGGAGGCCACCCGGAUAUUCCGGCAGCACACAGCAGGGGUGGGGCCUUGUGAGGAUUCUGGCCCCGCCCAGACUGACGGUGAGGAGGAGGAGCCAGGCCCUGAUGAUCCCAGCACCUCCCAGGGUGUAGAAAUCCCAAAUCCUGAGCUGGCAGCUGUUGUAUUUUUCUGCCUUAAGCAAACCACGUGUCCACGGAACUGGUGCAUUCGAAUGGUCUGUAACCCGUGGUUCGAACGAGUCAGCAUGAUGGUGAUUUUGCUCAACUGUGUCACCCUGGGGAUGUACCAGCCGUGUGAGAACAUUGACUGCUCUUCCGAACGCUGCCAGAUCCUGCAGUGGUUUGAUGCUUUCAUCUACAUCUUCUUUGCUCUGGAGAUGGUUGUGAAAAUGGUGGCACUGGGGAUCUUUGGUAGGAAGUGUUAUCUUGGGGACACGUGGAAUAGACUGGAUUUCUUCAUUGUCAUGGCUGGCAUGGUUGAAUACUCCUUGGACCUUCAAAACAUCAAUCUGUCAGCCAUCAGAACUGUCCGGGUCCUCAGACCACUCAAAGCCAUAAACAGAGUGCCCAGUAUGCGGAUCCUGGUAAACCUCCUGCUGGACACUCUCCCCAUGCUUGGUAAUGUCUUACUGCUGUGUUUCUUCGUCUUCUUCAUCUUUGGUAUCAUUGGAGUUCAACUGUGGGCAGGACUUUUACGCAAUCGGUGCUACCUGGAAGAAAACUUCACCGAGUCAACUGGAAUCUCUCUGCCAUCGCCUUACUAUCAUCCCGAUGAGGACGACGAGACGCCUUUCAUCUGUUCAUUGCUUGUAGACAAUGGCAUCAUGUCAUGUGGGGACGUGCCCGCCAGGAGGGAAGAGGGAAAAGAAUGCUGCAUGGACAAGGAUGACUAUUUGUAUUUGCUGUCACUUGGUGGCCAAGAGCUUUUGAACAACGCUACAGCUUCAGGGGGAUGCGUCAACUGGAACCGAUACUACACCGAGUGCAAGACGGGCAACACCAAUCCACACAAGGGAGCCAUCAACUUUGAUAAUAUUGGAUACGCGUGGAUUGUCAUCUUUCAGGUCAUUACUUUGGAGGGUUGGGUUGAAAUCAUGUACUAUGUCAUGGACGCACACUCCUUCUACAACUUCAUCUACUUCAUCCUUCUCAUCAUUGUGGGUUCCUUCUUCAUGAUCAACCUCUGCCUUGUUGUUAUCGCCACUCAGUUCUCAGAAACGAAGCAGCGGGAGCACCAACUGAUGCAAGAGCAGCGUGCCCUCUGCCUCUCCUCGAGCACAGUGGCCAGCUUCGCAGAGCCCGGCGACUGCUAUGAGGAGAUCUUCCAGUACGUCUGCCACAUCCUCAGGAAGGCCAAGCGGCGCACAGUAGGAUUGUACACCACCCUGCGUGGAGGUGCAAAGGGGACCCAACAGAAGGGCAGCCACAGAAGGUGGCGCGGUCAAGCGAAAGUGGGCGUCAAUGGCAAUGAAAAGCAGAGCCACACCUCCCAAACACUCUGUCCCCGGCACCGUCGACUGGACCACACAGCCCAAGCAAUUGUUGCCCCUAUUGCUAUGUCAAUGAACUGUGAUCCAGAUAAUUGCCCACAAUGUAUUGCCCUACAAGCCAUGGUGGAAGUUGACACAGAAAAUGAUGAAGGUGAGGGUGAAGCUGAGGCAGAAGGGGAUGGUCUAGACCAGGUGCAAGGCAAAAAUGAAAAGGAAACGGCUCUAGAAGAUUCUGAUGGGCAAAACCCCUCUUCACGGGAGUGGAGUGGAUCAGGAAUGAGCCCAACACCUGAAGACGGGGCAGAGAAAAAAGAAGGGUGCUGGCACUGCAAGCAGCUGUGGGAUGAUAUGAGAGCCAAACUGUGGGGCAUAGUGGAGAGCAAGUAUUUCAACCGAGGGAUCAUGAUUGCCAUUCUCAUUAAUACUAUUAGCAUGGGAAUUGAACAUCAUGAGCAGCCUGAGGAGCUGACCAACGUCCUGGAAAUCAGCAACAUCGUGUUCACCAGCAUGUUUGCUUUGGAAAUGAUUCUCAAGCUUACCGCAUUUGGCUUCUUCAACUAUCUCCGAAAUCCUUAUAACAUCUUUGAUGGCAUCAUUGUUAUUAUUAGUGUGUGUGAGAUCAUCGGCCAGUCAGACGGGGGAUUGUCUGUGUUGCGAACAUUUCGGCUCCUACGGGUCUUGAAGCUGGUCCGCUUCAUGCCAGCAUUACGGAGACAGUUGGUAGUCUUGAUGAAGACCAUGGACAAUGUGGCCACCUUCUGUAUGCUUCUCAUGCUCUUCAUCUUCAUCUUCAGCAUUCUGGGAAUGCACAUCUUCGGUUGCAAAUUUAGUCUGAAGACAGAUGCCGGAGACACUGUCCCCGACCGAAAGAAUUUUGACUCUCUGCUGUGGGCUAUAGUGACCGUGUUCCAGAUCCUUACUCAGGAAGACUGGAACAUGGUUUUAUACAACGGAAUGGCCUCCACCUCUCCCUGGGCAGCUCUCUAUUUUGUGGCACUUAUGACCUUUGGAAACUACGUGCUCUUCAAUCUUCUGGUGGCCAUUUUAGUGGAGGGGUUCCAAGCUGAGGGAGACGCCAAUCGCUCCUACUCAGACGAUGACAGAUCCUCGUCAAAUGACGAAAGUGAGAAAUCAAAAGAUCCCCUCUAUCAAUCAGAUCCAAAGAUAUGCACCUUAACCCCCAAUGGCCACCUAGACCCCUGCCAGCCAGGCAUCAUGACCUCAGCUAAGGGGUCUCUACAGUCGGACCACAUCCACUUUCCUCUGGAUUCACGGAAAAGCAGCAUAAUUUCUCUUGGGAAAGCAAACCUUGAGCAGCGUUCGGUGUGCAGUGGCCGCAGUUCUCACUAUCAACACUGGGGGUGCCACCCUUCCACGUUGUCUUCUACUUGGAGUACUAGGAGGUCCAGCUGGAACAGUCUUGGCCGAGUGUCGGGAUCAAUCCGCGCCCGUGUUCACUCCGAACAAGAGUCGCUUCUUUCUGGAACAACCAGUGAUCGUCACUCCCAUCAUAACCCCGGUCCCCACCAAGCUUCAGUGGUGCCCCGUCGAGUGUCCAACCCCUGCCCACACAGAGAUCGGCGGGCCCUGUCUCUUGAGCUACCUGAACUUCUGCAGGUACCCCGAAUGGGGGCACCCACCACCGCAAUGUCCCGCAAGAAGAGCUGCUCGGGUGGGGCCGGCCUAAGCGGUCCAAGCACACACCAAGACUGCAAUGGGAAAACACCUCCACCGACUCAACUGCUGGGAGAGGUUUUCCCUCAGCUUAACACACGCAAGGAGCGAGAGGAAUACGAGGAGGAGAUUGACUAUAGUCUUUGUUUUCGAAUUCAGAAGAUGAUGGAAGUGUAUAAGCCCGACUGGUGUGAGGCACGGGAUGACUGGUCCGUGUAUCUCUUCUCACCUCAGAAUCGUUUCCGCAUGCUGUGCCAGACUGUGAUCGCCCACAAGCUUUUUGACUACGUUGUGCUGGCGUUCAUCUUCCUCAACUGCAUCACGGUGGCACUUGAGAGGCCCGAAAUUGAUCAGCGGAGCCUGGAGAGGCUGUUCCUCACCAUUUCGAACUACAUUUUCACUGCGAUCUUUGUGGCUGAAAUGACUCUCAAGGUGGUGUCCAUGGGAUUGUAUUUUGGAGAGCAAGCCUACCUGCGCAGUAGCUGGAAUAUUUUGGAUGGCUUCCUUGUUUUUGUCUCCUUGAUUGACAUCGUGGUUUCCAUGGCGUCGGCGGGAGGAGCCAAGAUACUUGGGGUUCUGCGAGUCCUGAGGCUGUUAAGAACACUGCGACCAUUAAGGGUGAUCAGCAGAGCCCCGGGCCUUAAAUUGGUCGUAGAAACCCUCAUCUCAUCCCUCAAGCCCAUUGGAAACAUCGUUCUGAUCUGCUGUGCGUUUUUCAUUAUCUUUGGCAUCCUUGGAGUGCAGCUUUUUAAAGGGAAGUUCUUCUACUGUUUGGGUCCCGAUGUUAAGAACAUCACCAAUAGAUCUGACUGCCUAGCAGCUCGAUACAAAUGGGUCCAUCACAAAUACAACUUUGAUAACCUGGGGCAGGCCCUGAUGUCUCUGUUUGUGUUGGCCUCUAAGGACGGCUGGGUCAAUAUCAUGUAUAAUGGACUUGACGCAGUGGGCAUUGAUCAGCAGCCCAUCACAAAUCACAACCCCUGGAUGCUGUUGUACUUCAUUUCCUUUCUUCUCAUCGUCAGCUUCUUUGUACUUAAUAUGUUUGUGGGCGUGGUGGUGGAGAACUUCCACAAGUGCAGACAACACCAGGAGGCGGAGGAAGCCAAGCGGCGGGAGGAGAAACGACUCCGGCGUCUGGAGAAGAAGCGUCGCAAGGCCCAGCGACUGCCUUACUAUGCCAGUUACAGUCCUGUGCGGCUCUUCAUCCACUCCCUGUGCACGAGCCACUACCUCGACCUCUUCAUCACGUUCAUCAUCUGCAUUAACGUUGUUACCAUGUCUCUGGAGCACUACAGCCAGCCGAAGUCACUUGAGAUCGGUCUGAAGUACUGCAAUUACUUUUUUACGACCACCUUCGUCCUGGAGGCCAUGCUGAAGCUCGUUGCUUUUGGAUUUCGACGUUUCUUUAAAGACAGGUGGAAUCAGUUGGACCUUGCUAUUGUUUUGCUAUCUGUGAUGGGGAUCACACUUGAAGAAAUUGAAAUUAAUGCUGCGCUGCCUAUCAAUCCAACCAUCAUUCGCAUAAUGAGAGUCCUGCGGAUUGCAAGAGUGCUCAAGCUGCUAAAAAUGGCCACAGGGAUGAGGGCUCUGUUGGAUACAGUUGUUCAAGCUUUGCCACAGGUUGGAAAUCUAGGGCUUCUUUUCAUGCUGCUGUUUUUCAUCUACGCAGCUCUGGGCGUCGAGCUGUUUGGAAAACUCAUAUGCAACGAAGACUACCCCUGUGAAGGCAUGAGCCGGCAUGCCACAUUCGAGAAUUUCGGGAUGGCCUUCCUGACGCUGUUCCAGGUGUCCACAGGAGAUAACUGGAAUGGGAUCAUGAAAGACACCCUUCGUGACUGCACUAGCGAUGAACGAAGCUGCCUGAGUAAUCUGCAGUUCAUCUCGCCUCUUUACUUUGUGAGCUUUGUCCUCACGGCUCAGUUUGUGCUCAUCAAUGUGGUGGUGGCUGUCCUGAUGAAGCACCUGGAUGACUCGAACAAGGAGGCCCAGGAGGAUGCCGAGCUAGAUGCCGAGAUUGAGCUGGAGCUCGCCCAAGGAGGAUUGUGCUGUUUGGGUAGUGGUGGUAGUGGUGGGGCGACAGACACAGGCGGAGGACCAAGUUCAUCAAAACAAGGCGGCAGAGGCUCCAGCUCUAGUGAACACGAUACGGACCCCCGGCGCCAGUACUCCCCGGCACAGGAAAAUCUGUGGUUGGACAGCGUCUCCUUGUUAAUCAAAGACUCAUUCGAUGGGGAACUCUUAAUGAUCGACAAUCUGUCAGGAUCUGUCUUCCAUCACUACUCCUCACCUCCAGUCUGCAAAGACUGCCAUCAUCACCAGCAAGAGAUCCGAUUGGCAGAAGUGGAGCAGGUCUCUCUGCUGUCAGAGCAGCUUUCUGACAAAUCUUCUUCCCUGGCAUUACCUGAUGACCUCAGCCUGGAUGACCACAGUUUUUACCAGUUGUUGGUCCGAGAUGGCAAGGAAGAGCGAAGCAGCAGUGACUCGAGAAGCUCAGAGGAGUUAGGAGGCAGUCAGGUAGGAGGCCCAAACUCGCUGCCUCAGAGUCCUGCAGAAGACGACUGCCUUUUUGAUUUGGGGACGCAAAGCAGCCAACUGCCUCCUCAGCCUCCCGACAGCACAAGCACAGUAACGGGUGGUUCAUCUAGUGGAGGACCAUCACUUUUACAUCUCCCUGCUGACUUCUUCCAUCCUGCUAUGGCUGCUCUCCCCCCAUCCAGCCCUACUGGGGGUCAGUCGUCUGCAAACAGUGCCUCCUGGGCUUUGCUGCGGUCCCCGAGUGCCAACAGUCGCCCACUUGACGCACAGCACACAACUUUGAGCAGCUCCUCCUUGGCCACUGGCAGUUCAGAAGGCAGUUUACAGACCACUCUGGAAGAGGGACUCAGCUUUAGUGUGUCGCCCCCCCGGGAUCUGGAUGUACCUUUGCUAUGCCCCUUGCCAGCUGACAACCUACAAGGUAGACAUCAAGCAAAUCUUCACUGCCAUCAAAGCAAUGUAAGAGUAGGUGGACCAUCGGGGGUAUUCAAGCUCCAGACCAGUAGAGGGCACCAGAGAAGUCGGAGUAGUGGAGGAAGCACAAGUCCUAGUUGCACCAGGCAGGACUCUAUGGAGCCCUCAGAUGAGGAACUUGGGACAGGAGGCAAUGUGAGUCUGGCAACAACAGCAAACAGUGAGCAUCUUUCCGAAACUCUAAGUUCUCUUUCCCUGACUUCCCUACUGUCCCCUGCCUCAUUAGCCCCACCUAUGGUUAAAAAGUGCAAUAGCACUGGUAGCCUAGAUCAAACAAACUUACCAUUAAAAGGCAAUAGAGAUGGACGUCUGUUCUACACAAUGGAAGCGCAAGGAUACUUAUCUGGUCCUUCUUGGGGAGCAGAUGAGGAAUUAGAGAACUGCACUAAUGUGGCAGAGAGACACAACAUUCUGGGGAGAGGCAAUAAGAGCCAAAGUGCUCAGGAUCCAGCCUCCAAACCAUUGUUCACAGAAUACCGUAGCAGGAAAAAUGCACUUGUAGCAUCGAAACAAAACAGAUGAGUCUAGAUAUAUGUUUGUCUGUUUUUUUCGUGGUUGUAUUGUGUCCAAAGUCAGAAGCAGGUACUUACAGAAAAAAAAAAAGUUUUUUUUUCUUUUUCCACAAAUAAAGUGAAGCAGUCUCACAGUUAUGAAAGAAGAGGACACUACUUCGAAGCAUGACUAUGGAAUAAUCUAGAAAUGCAAAAAAUGAAUAUAAUCUGUUAUAAAUAAGGACAUUGGCCUCCCAGGGAAACAUCUUUGAUUCAAAUUUCAUUAAAGGUAAAUUAGUUUGAAAUUAAGUUACUAUUUUAUUUUUCAAAGUUAAAAAAUAUAUUGAAAAACAAUGUUUUAAACCAGAGAGGAGAGUUAAAGAGAUUUUUUUAAUUUAGAAAAGAAUAUUGCAAUUUUUAGGAAAUGAUUUGUUUUGUAACAAAAUAUGAAGAAAGUCGUUUUAUUCAUUCAUCUACAUAUUUAUUAUUUGUUUAUUUUUAUUGUAAUAAGUAGCAAAUGAAUCUCUGGGAUAAUGAGUUAAGGAGAGAAUUUCUGUAGCAAAAAGAAUACAACCAUGUGAAAGACUUGAUCGAAGAAGGCCUUUUCUUAACCAAAACCAAAAAUAAAGUUUAGAGAAUGAAAAAGCAAUUAAAACAAAAGAAAGCAAUGUUGUCCAAUGCUGUGGUAAAAAACAGCGGUAGACAAAGUGUAUGCUGUCGGUUUUUUUAAAAAACCAAACCAAAAGGAGAGUGGCAAAUAUUAGCGGAGAAAAAGUCCAGCGUCUUUUGGUGACUAUACAGUUUUUUCAGAAAGAAGAAACAAAAAUGGUUAAAGAUGAUAUUAUUUUUAUCAAGAUAGAUGGGGCAACCAUUUAAAAAGUCACAUCUCUGUAGCAAAAAAAACAAACAAAACUUUUGGGACAUUCAGGGGAAUAGACGCUCCUGUUGGGAGGCCUGUCCUGUCAACUUCCUGUUAAGCUUGCGUCCCAGGACCGAAAAUGACGGAACUGAGGCAGGUGCCUCAAACCAAGACUGCUUUUCAUCAGACUGAUUAAAAUACCACUUUCGUUCAAGUGGAGAAGUAAUUCUUAUUUCUGAAGGCCAUGGCGGAAUUGUGGGGCGGUGUCUGUCCAGCUCCACGUGGCCUGCGCCAAACCUGGACGCCACCUUGAAGAACAGAAUAGUUAACACUAGUGAGCAGAUCACUCUGAAAUCCUCUUCCUCACUCCAUGGCACAAACAGGAAGUUGGCAUCAGUGACCCCAGGAGGAGUCCUCAGACUCGAUUCUCAACAUGGUGGAGGUCUUUUUCAUAGCUUGUAUAUUUUUUUUUUCUUGUUGUUUGUUUUUUGUGCUCUGAAAGCUGCUAGAAUGAACUGUCUUGACAAUUUUGUCUAUUUUUAUAACUAUAUAUAAUAUAUAAAUACAUCUAUGAUUAUGAA